AUGCGUCGACAUUCUCAACAAGCCCCACCACCGCCACCACCACCGAGGGACAUCCAUUCCUCGCCCUACGCCUCUCGCACGAUGACCUCCUCCCUCUCCUCUUCGUCGACCUCCACCUCGACCAACUCGUCCUCCCCACCUAGCUCGAUACAAUCCCGUUCCUCUCUGGCCUUCAAGCAGGCCAACGGGGGAAGACCAGCACAGGAACGCAGUGUUCGUUCGAAUCAAUCGGGUGAUUCGAAUGCGAUGAUCAGGACCGUCGAUCCGUUGGAAUUGUUUGUGAAACAACAGAGGAUAGGUCAGUUUCAUCGUCGGGCCGGCUCAGCGCCAGACAGAGAGACGCUGAGAGACUUGGGGUGAAAGGGGAACCUUGCGCGGCGCGCGCGCGCGCGCUGAUCAAAACACUGACGAUGGUGUUUCGCUUAGGCAAGGGAUCUUUUGGCCAAGUGUUUAAAGGGUUUUCGAGGCAUACGCAGAGGGCGGUCGCGAUCAAGAGUGAGUUGUAAAAGUAUUGCCGGAGCAGGAGCAGCAGCUGGGGGUUUGUCUCGUCAGGAAAGGGGCCCCGGAUUGGGUCUCGACUUGUGACGAGGAAAACUGAUUCUCGGUGUUUGUGUCGCGUGAGAAUAGUUAUCGAUUUGGAAGAUGCCGAGGAUGAGAUUGAGGAUAUCCAGGUACAUUUUGUGUUUGGCGAAAAGGUUGAUCUCACCUCGCCGACGCUGGAUCAACUGACACCCACACCCUUGCACACCAACAGACGGAAAUCUCGAUGCUCUCCUCCCUCGACUCCCCCUUCGUCACCAAAUACGAAGGCUCCUGGCUCCGCGGCACCGAACUCUGGAUCGUGAUGGAGUACCUCUCCGGAGGGAGUUGUGGCGAUCUGCUGAAACCGGGCGUCUUUAAAGAAGAAUACAUCGCCAUCGUCGUGAAGGAGUUGUUGAAAGGAUUGGAGUAUCUGCAUGGAGAGGGAAAGUUGCACAGGGAUAUCAAAGGUGGGUCUAGAGGAUCUGCCUCCCAAGUUUUCAGGUGUUGAAAGUUGUGCUCACUCCCUUGGCGCCCGACCCCAAAUAGCCGCCAACAUCCUCCUCAGCUCCUCCGGCGAAGUCAAACUCGCCGACUUUGGCGUAUCAGGACAACUCACCGCGACGAUGACGAAGAAGAAUACGUUUGUCGGAACACCGUAUUGGAUGUCCCCUGAGGUGAUCAAACAAUCGGGCUAUGAUUCCAAGGCCGAUAUUUGGAGUUUGGGCAUCACGGCGAUUGAGAUGGCUAAAGGGGAACCACCUCAUUCGCAAUUGCAUCCUAUGAAGGUGGGUUGGAGCCCCAAGAGGCGUUCAAUUAUAAAGUUGGGGACCUGACAGAUUCUUGCUCUAUUCAAAAAACAGGUCCUCUUCCUGAUCCCCAAGAAUCCACCACCAACGCUCGAAGGCGCGUUUAGCAAACCGUUCCGCGAAUUCGUCUCGGCAUGUCUUCAACGAGAUCCCCUUUUACGACCCUCAGCAAAGACUUUACUCAAGCAUCGCUUCGUAAAAGGUGCGAAGAAGACGAGUUGUUUGGCCGAAUUGAUUGAACGACAUCGGGUUUGGAAGUUGGAGACGUCGAAUGGGAGGGAUGAGGAGGGGGAUGAAAGAGGGGAUAGUGAUGAGGAGUGAGUGCAUGAACGGUACGCGCGCGUGGCGGAAAGAUGCUGAUCAUUUUCAUUAAUCAGGGAUGAUGGAGCUUCGGACGAUCUAUGGGACUUUGGCACCGUGCGGAACGGACACUCAAAAGCCGGCGGAGGAGGAGGCACCCUACGUCAAACAGGUCCCCUCCCUCCUCGACCUCCAUCAUUCGAACAAGGUCGACCUUCGAACGCACCACAAAAGCAAGCGACACCGUCCGCGGCGGCGAAUAGCGUCAAAGUGCGUGAUUACGCGCAACCACCGUCGAGGUCUCUAAAAAGUGACGGAGGAGCGUUCGAGACGAUUCGCGCUGGCGCCGGAGCAGGCCCUUCGUCAUUGCCAGAGGGCGUGCUACAGUCUCCGCCGAACGGUCGAGGGGAGAAGCAGAAAUACUCGACUGUUUCCUCCGUAUCGACUUAUUCGACCUUUGCGGCGGAAGAAGAAGAUCCAGAAGCCGGGUUCGAACGAGAGAGGGAGAGGAUGGGUAGGAUGAGCUUACAAGCUGGUCGAGGGGGAGGACCGAAUGGGGAAGAGAGAUGGUCGGGCGAUGGGAGUGGGAAUGAGAUGGGCUCGAUGCGGUUGCAGGGUGGCAUGGGUACGGUUAGGAGGAGUCAACAACAAGUCCAGCAGCACCAAAGAGAUGAGUCGGGGACGGAGGAGGAGUCGAUUCUAUAUACCGUCGUAUUGCCCGUUUUGGAUUCGGUGAGUUCUUCAUGCAUUCUACUCCCGCUCAGACGGUAUUACUGACGCGUUGGGAGUAUUCGCAGAUCCACGACCGCAUCACGAAUGAUCAAGCGAGGGAUUCGGUCUUGAGGUUGAGGAUGGCUUUGGAAAUGGCGGAGAAGGAGGCACCGGGGUUGAUCAAUGUGCUGAUCAGUGAGAUUGUGGACUCCGUUGAGGUGCGUACCGACUCACAAGCAAUUUGGGGAUAUGGAAGGAGAUCAAUCUGA